AUGGGUCAAUUCUGGUUGUUGAUAGCUACAGCAGAGUUGUUUAUCCCGAUAGCCUAUUGCGAAAAAAUUCAAGAAGUUUUUCACUGGAAACAGCUUGCUCACCAAAAGGAUGUCCUAGCAGACGCAGCAGACAUUAUUUUCAAUGAACAAAAUCCGACAUCCCAGCUAAACGAAUCUUUUGCAAGUUACGUAAACGUCCCGAUGGGAGUAACGCAUCACAAGGGUCGAUUGUUCAUCACUGUUCCAAGAAGAUUUCCAGGAGUUCCUGCUACGCUAAACGUGAUCGAUAUUUCCAGUGUCGCCAAAGGUGACAUGAGUCCACCAUUGAGAGCAUAUCCCGAUUACCUAAUCAACCAACUACAUAGUGACUACCAUGCAGACCGAAAACGCAUCGUUUCGGUUUACCGUUCCAAAGUAGAUCACUGCAAUCGUCUAUGGUUUGUUGAUACCGGGAGACUGGAAUAUCCCAACAAUACCAUACAAGUACAACGGCCGCAGUUGUGGAUUAUAGAUCUUAUACGGGAUCGAAAAAUUCGUAGCUUUGAGAUUCCAGAAACAAUUGUACAACCUGGUGAUGGUAUGGCAAGCUUGGUGGUAGACGUAGAUACUGAGAACUGCGAUAAAGCCUUCGCAUACAUUCCUGAUCUGGUUCAAGGGGCCAUUUAUGUCUACAGUUUUGAAGCAAAUCGAAUGUGGGCCUUCAAACAUACCUCAUUUCAGCAAAACCCGCAAAAGGCCAACUUCUACGUUGCAGGCUUGCGCUUUGUGUGGGAUGAUGGGAUAUUUUCAAUCACACUGGGUAAAAGAGAUCCGUUAACGAAGGCGAGACCAGUUUACUACCAUCCAAUGGUGAGCACAUCGGAAUUUACUACCAGCAGCCAAAUACUGCAAAACGAAUCGGUGGCUAAUGUCGGGGACUACGAACACCUAUUUCAACUGCUGGGUGAUCGUGGUCCGAACAGCCAAUCGACUAUGCACUACUUUGACGAGGAAACCGGUGUAAUUUUUUUUGCCGAAGUUAACCGAAAUGCGAUAGGAUGCUGGAAUACUAAGAAUGAAUUUACAGCAGAGAACUACGACACAAUCUUCCUGGAUCAUCAACAUCUAGUCUACCCUGGGGAUCUUAACGCCGAUGCUGACGGAAUCAUUUGGGUGUUGGCGAACAAUUUGCCUACCUGGCUUUAUUCACGGCUGGAUGAAAACAGAUAUAACUUUCAUGUGUGGCGACUAACACCGCGAGAGGCAAUAAUCGGAACUAAAUGUCAAAACUAG